AUGAAAGAAAUCAUCCCUACUGCGACCAAGUUGCCAGCAGCUUCUUGUCCACAGCGAGACCGACUCCAUCGUCGCCGAGGUUCCCGCCUCACCCAGGCUCGCCGUUACAGUGCGAGGAACACACCUACUCAGGCCUGGAAAUGGAAAAACACUGCCGUGUCGCUGACACACUCCCUCAUCACGGGUUCCUGGUCGCUCUAUUGUUUCUACGAACAUCCGAAGCUUGCCGAGGACCUCAUCAAUACAUACACUAGUUCGUCACACAUGCUCAUCUCAUUCUCAGUAGGUUAUUUCAUACACGACUUCUUGGAUAUGGCUCUGUGCCACCGGAAACGUUCCUCGUAUGAGUUGAUGGUUCACCACGUGUGUGUCAUAUGCUGCUUUGGUCUGGCUGUCUGGGGUGCCAUGUUUGUAGGGUAUGCAGUGGUGGCUCUGUUUGUUGAGGUGAACAGCGUCUUCUUACACAUACGUCAGAUAUACAUCAUAACAGGAGCAAGCAAGGAGGAGCCAAGAUAUCGUCUCAACUCUAUGCUCAACAUUGGAACAUUUGUAGUAUUUCGAAUUGCUGUGUUGGGAUGGAUGACGCGCUGGAUUGUUAUACACAAAGACGACCUUUCUUUGCCUGUAUAUACAUUAGGCAGUGUUGGACUGGCAAUGAUCAUGCUGAUGAACAUAGUGCUCUUCUUCAGAAUUUGCAUUGUGGACUUCACUAAAAAGAAGCACAAAGAAUCGAAUAAGUUUUCUGCCCAAAUGAAAAAACUAAAGAACAAUGAAGACGUUGGUGGUGAAGGAUCAGUAGUUAGCAAGACGUCCCCCACACCCUCCUUACUUCCUAAUUCCACUAAUCUCCAUAUUAACUAGAAUUUAUAUAGAUAACAUGUAUACUAGUCAGAGGUUGUUUAUACAGCUAUUUAAAUGCAACCUGCUAUUAGUCACAGCUAAAUUCCUUGGUUUUUUUUUUCAGAAUAAAUUGCCAAUGUUAGUCUUAGUAAUUCACAUACAAGUAAUAGUAAUUUUUUAUGUUAAUAUGUUGAAGAUUUGUCUGACUAAAGUAUUUUGAGAUACUUUAGUUAAUAUGUUUGCCAAAAUGUUCAAGUACAGUGUUUUGACAACAUUCUCUGAGAUGUAGCUAAGAUUAUAGUGCCAUUUAGUCUCAGAGAUCAGCAGCUCGUCGACCAUCUUGAGGAACUUGAUUUAGGUGGUUUUGUCUCAGGGUAUAAGUGACACAGUGUCUUAGACUGUUAAGACUUUUCUUCAUAUGUCUCAUGGAAAUUUGAAUGAUUUGUAAUACUAUUUCUGGGGAUACUGAUUAUGUAACUGGUGCUUGAUACUGUACUGGUAUUGGUAACUAUUUUGUGUUGUUAAAGGGAAGAAUCAUAUAACUGUAAUCGUUUAUGAAAUGAUAAAAUUUUUGCUGUAUCUUUUGUCACAUACCCAGUACAGGUGUGUAAAUAAGACCUAGUGUUUAUUUGUAUGUCACGUGUGCCUAAAGCUUCAAUGUUAGCUGUGAUCUUUAUAACGAAUGUACCUAAGGUUUAUUUGUUUGGAGACAAUUUUAAAUAAUUUGUUUGUAGUUACUCAUAGUUAAUACCCAGACACAUUACACCAGUGACGGAAGAUUAAUGUUGUACGUAUAUUGUUUAAGUUCAUCUAUGUAUUUCUGACUGGAAAAAUAUUUACUGUUAUAAUUUUAAUGAGACUUACGGACAUUGUGCUUGUUACCAAUUAUGUUUUAAGUUUUAGAUAUAAUGUAUAGGUAUAUAUUUGCAUGUACCUAAGUGUGACUGUAUAGAUAUAUGUUUGAAUGUACAGUAUGUAUGUACAGUAUGUGUGUUUUAGCUUAUGGGUAUUUUGUAUUUAGUGUAUCAUUAUGUGUAUUGCAUACAACACUGUAAUAUUUUUCUUUAUCAUCUCAUAAUUGUCACUGUAAAGCAUAAACGUGAAAACAUAUUUUAAAUAUAUAAAUCAUAAAAC